UUGCAUAACUUGUGAAUCCACACAAAGGCUUACAUAAUUCAUAAGCAAUUCAUACAGAAUAUUCAAACGAUUGGAUUGUAAAGUGUUUAAAAAAUUUACUCAUUAUUAGAAACAACUGAUAAAACAAUGAGUGAAUCGGACGAGAAUAAGACAAACCGAUUGCCGGGACUGUACGGCAAUACAGACCUGAGUUCCCGUAUAACACAGUUUCAGGAGCGGGCGGAUCAGCACAAAGAGAAGCAGAAACUAAACCCUUUCUCCGGCUCUUUCGAUGCCGUGUCGGCCGCCAAACAGAAACUCAAUAAAGAGGAUCCGAACUAUGGUCGACCCGUGGAGGGCAGCAAAACGGAGCAGAGGGGCAAACAGGCCGCACAACUGCUCUUCAAUGAGAUUAAGCUGUUGUGCGAAAUAAUAGGGAAACACGGCGUGGAUGCGGGGGAAGGCAGGCAUACCAUCACAUUCAAGGAGUUGUUCGAACUCUACAAAGUCAUCUCCAAUAAAGUGGUCGGUCUUCUCAUCAGAGCCCGAAAGUAUCGUUUGGUUGACUUCGAGGGGGAAAUGCUUUAUCAGGGAAGGGAUAACAACAUUGUCAUCACUCUUCUGCGGGAACUGAACGAGAAGGACAUCGAGGAGUUCGCAAAGACUAAAGAAUAGCACAUUUCUCACUAACAAUUCGAUUAACUUUAUUGACAUUAAUUAUGAUAACAU